CUCUUCACUAUCUGCACAGUUACCAUAUAUAUGAACCUGGCAAAUGGAAUAUAAAUAGGCAUCCAGGCAUCAGACUUUUUUUACGCAGAACAGAUAGAGAGACUCUUUUAUGCUGUGAUUUUUUUUUUUUUUUUUAGAGCUGACAACAUGCAUCCAGACUCCAGCACUGAGUUCGACUCAUCGUCCAGCUGUAGCACAGCAUCGCCUGGCGGGGACACCCCUGGGUGCAACCAGCAUCCUCCUGACUCGCUUUCAUCAUCAGUGGACAGCGCCAAGGAGACUGGGACCAGUGUAGCAGACUCAUCUGUUCCCAUUGAGACCUCGCCGGAUCUGAGGUGGAUGGUGAAACCCACGAUAAUCACAUCUGUCUCCCAGUCGUCAAGCCGCGCAAAAGCCAAAUCUCACGGCGCCACCCAGUCGUCUUCCCCGGCAGGUGCAAACAAGGCGAAGCCCUCUAAUAGAAAAGGGCAGAAAGAGCAGCCUUCCAAAGAGGAGGAGGAAAGGAGGAGGAUCAGGAGGGAGAGGAACAAAAUUGCUGCAGCAAAAUGUCGCAACAGACGGAGGGAGCUAAUAGACACUCUGCAAGCUGAGACAGACCAGCUUGAAGAAGAGAAAUCAGCCCUUCAGACAGAGAUAGCUGAUCUGCUAAAAGAGAAGGAGAGGCUGGAGCAGGUCUUAGCCUCUCACAAACCAUCCUGCAAACUUCCCUCUGAGAGUGAAAACAGUGAGGAGGAAAAUGAAGAUGAUGGCACCACAAUGCUGCAGGACCCUCCGACCUCCCCACAUCUGCUGUCCAUGCUAGACACUGGAAAAAACGCAGAAGUCAGCACACCAAUUGGAGAUGCCCCAAUUGGCCAAGACAUGGACAAUGUCCCCUGUAAUCCUGCAGCAGCCAUUUUGGGAAACUCCAACAUCCUCCUGUGUUCAAGUGUAGAGGAAGAGGCUCUCGAGGACUUAAAGGGAGAUGACCUGGACGACUUGGUGCCGAGCCUGGAAAUGGCAGUGACAGCCGACACAGCUGCUUCAGUCCCUGACAUAGACCUGAGCAGCCCCUUCUGCCUCUCAGACUGGGAAACCCUGUAUAAGUCUGUGGCAAAUGACCUUGAAUCUCUGAGCACACCCAUCAUGUCUUCCAGUCCCACUUGUAGCAAUUACCGCACAGUGUUUUCCUUUAAUUACUCUGAAAUUGAUUCCUUAGUUGAGGGCUGUGAGAGCCUCAAAGGAACCCUUGGUGCAUCUGAGUUCAUGAAAGAUAGUUUGAACUCUCCAACACUCCUGGCCUUGUGAAUGCAAAGAAGUUAUGCAACAAUACUGUAAUUGUAUUCUGACCAGCCAGCAAGCUACGCUCUCACUCAAAUAAUCUUUUGUAGUUUCAGUUGUGAUGUUGUGUUAACCUUAACAUCAGAGGUUGUGUAGAUGACAUGUUUCUGUGACUGUAACAGGGUUGAAUUCUUCCAUAUUGUUAGUGCAAAUCUCUGAGAUUGAGAAAAAAAUGCAUGCAAAAAAUUGUCUGUAAGAAGAGGUUGUGUUUUUUAAACCCCUAAAUGUGAAGUGAAACCAGAUUAUGCUCAAUAACCUAUGUAUAUGUUAUACUGUUGACAAAGUUGUGCUGUACAAGUAAAACUAACAGGGUUACUAAUGUGUAGCGUAUCGAUGUAACAUCUUGCUGUAAAGUGUCAAUGAAAAAAAAUCAUCUCAUGUAUUUUAUCAAAAUGUAUUUUAUGACAUAUAGUUUAUUUUUUUACUUACUGAAAAGAAUCUGAUGCAGAACAAGUAUUAUGCUGAAAAUAAAAAGAAACAACCAUG